GACGGAAUGGCGCGAGGACAACGUGUCGUUUGCUAUAGUUGUGAAAUUUCGGUUAUAGAAUUUAUUAGAAUUUCAAUUUUUUCAUAUUUAUUUCAAUUUUUUCAGGUCCUCGUCCUCGUGGAGGUUUUAGCACCUUUCGGUAGGAGUAGUACGCUCUAGCUGCAUUUGCAUCGACAGAAACUGACGAGGAAUCGAAGAUCGCUCAAGUUUUGAAAAUUCAACAAAAAUCGGCUGUCUGAAAAUUUGAGUUCAACACUCGCAGAAGUUGCCCCUUGUUUUAUUUUGCCUUUUACCGCGCAAAGACAAAUCAUGAAAGUCCUGCUCCAGAACAAAACGGCGUUGGUCCUGGGGAGUGCCGCUUUUCUUGGCGCCCUCAAACCGACGGCGGCCGUUGACGUCGCGCAGCUUCUAUGGGAGUGUGGAAGAGCUGCUUGUUUCCCUCGUUCUGAUUUGUCAUCGAAAGGCGCAAGAACCGCGCGUGCUUUUAUUUUUGGGGCCUUUCUGUACUUUUUUGCAUGACAAGCUGCAGCAGAAAUGCAAAACGAAAGUAUUUGCAAUGGGAAAUGCAGAUGCUAGUCGAGUUAAGUAUGGAUCUGGUGGCUUCGGUGAUGCUGAUGUUCUUUCUGUUGCUGGUCGCAUCCGCCUCCUGCGCAUGAGGCAUUUUGCACUGCACACAAGCAUCGCAAUCGUAUUGUUGAGUGCAGUCUUCAAGCUCCGGCAUGACUAAAGUUAAAUCGUGCGGCGCAAAGCUGAUCAUGCCGAGAGAAUGCAAUUUAUUGUAGCUGCACGCAGUUGCAGCACUUGCACUGCGACGAUUUUUCCAUGCAUACAUAGGCAAUAAACAAGGGGAGCAAGUUUUUAUUGUGCGCUCUGAUAGCUUCUGGGCCGCCUCGGUUUCGGUACCGGCGAGGGCACGAACACCCUGAAAACGAACAAGGCACCGCAAGAAGAAGAGCCGACCUGUAAACUUGUGCUCGACCAAGCCCAAAGUAAUUCCCAAACGACCCCCGACUUUGAAAAAUUUGCUGCAGCAAUGAAGAUCCAGAAUCCGCACGUGUGCCAGGUUCUCGCGUUCUCGUUCUAUUACACGGACGCUGCGAAGGCGGAGGCAAAGAGUGGUCCGGAAAACAUCAAAUUCGUGCAUGAUCCGGCUACUGUUGCUGCUAUCAAUGCAGACAAUCCUGAUGCGCCCACCCUCAUGAUGAACGGAAUCAUCAAAACCUGCUGCACUGUAUGUUGGCCCGCUCAUUUCGACUAGCCUUGACACCACUCGAAGGUUUGUGGUGCGUGCAUAUAUAGUACUUGCUUCCUGCUCGAAUAAAAGAAUAGAUUUAAGUAAUAAAUUGAAUCUGUCUGCCAACAGCAGACGAAAAUUGCAACAGCUUGUAUAUGUAUGUAAGCGUCCGAGAGCCGUCCACUGGUUCCGCGCAAUCCGAGCUGAAAGUAAAAAACUGCACAGACACAUCAAGUGCAAGCAGUUGUUGCGCAAUUAAUCACAAACGAAGCAGAAGCUGCUGUUGGCACUGGUACUAAGUCGAGGUCGUCUAGUCUGAGCGGGGCAUAUUCUAACUACGGCCCACACUCUAUGGAUGUGUCAGGUUUGAAAUCGUCAAAGUUGAGAUAGUUUGUCAUGCACAAAACGGAUACCGGUUAGACCUACAGUCUGUAGUCGGUGCAUGGCAAAUUUUCCCGGUCCUGGAAGCGAGUCUGUCAUGCGGUUUAGGGUAAAAGGGCUGCCUUCUGUCAUGCUAGUUAGCAGUCCAACUUUUGACCAUUACCAGGACUAUAAUCGGCCUCCCGUGGGUCCUCUGCAAUAGAGUCACUUUUUGUAUCGCAUUUUCGGCACUGCAAAUUAUUUCAACUUUGACGAUUUCAAACCUGACGCUUCCAUACACUUGCUUCGCACGCAGAUCAGCGUGGACAAGCAGACCACCUGCCGGAAGGCGGUCGAUUAUGCAUUGCAAAAGUAUCGUAUUAGUACAAAUUGCAUUACAAAUUUUAUCAGAAAGCCAAAUGAAAUUUGUAAUGCUAGUUCAGGUAAAAAGGUAGGUUUGUCAUGCAAGAUUGCCAUUUCUACGAGUGCGAUACUUCUGCACAGCAUAUCGAUGCGGGGAAGUCAAUGAUGCUUGCUCAACAACCACCUCCUGCAGAACCGGUAACGGACGACUCGGUGUGCAUAAUGACCGCCGUUGCGACGCAUUACUCCUCCGCGGAAAAGGCGAGGUACAAGACCGGUGUUGAGCAGCAGAAGUUUAGUGGUGAUCCUGCCGCCGCGUUUCGCGAUCCCGCCACAAUUCCCGAUCUCGCCACUGUGCCGGUGUUCUUCGCUAGCGCGAACAAUGCGCUGCAAACAUGCUGCACUGUAUGGCCCGCUCGCAUCGACUAGCCACCUUGAUUUUUAUUCGACGGCUUGUGUGUCUGUGUGCAUGAUUGAUUUGGAUUGCUAGUAAGUCGCAAUCUCAACCGCAUUGAUAAUUGUCUGCAAUUGCAAUUUCGGCGCCACUUGUAGUGUUCAGUACUUUUCAUAUAGUCGAUGUCAUGCUCAUGAUCUACUUAUGUAAAAUCAUUUAUACAACAAAGAUGAAGAUCUAGUUGUAGAUGUACAUGCGCGUGACAAGGAGCGCAAAACAAAGAUGCUCGCGGUCCCGGGACCGGGACGUAAGAACGGGGAUGCGGUUGCGUUUCUUAGCUGAGAUGGUCUAGUCAUCUGAGCGGUGCAUAUCGUGGCUACGGUCCAAACUUGAUUGCGCCGGCCGUAUGGAAGUGGGAAAACUCCCCCUCCCCCUCGUUUGUAUAUGCAAACUACCAAAUCCAGUGGGUCUGGUAGUUUGCAUUCUGCAUCGUGUCCACCAACGUGGUUUGUAGUCCUCCGGUGGAUUUAAUCCACCAGCCACCACUUGGGCUCACUUGCACUUCCUUGCGUUAUUCAAGCUAGAGCACGACUAGGACAACUCGCAUAGGUAAUUUUGGUGGAGCCUGAAAGAGUACCACUACUACAUCAGUCGGUCCGUGUGUACUAGGUCAUUUCUUCGUAAUACGAAGGGCCCAUGAUUUCUGCCAUUUGUGCCGCUUGUAGUUUUGCCGUUCAUUUAUACCUCUAGUACACAAAUAAGGGGGCGAGGGUGUAGUGCACUAUCAUAGGCCGCAAACAAGCAGCAGAACCGGAAGCAGCGCCGCUCCGAUUCAAUUUCUUGCUGCUGAGGCUGCUUGGGUCAUCUUACGCAGAUACCACAGAAGCGAGGGCAGCGGUCUCUUCAUGCUGAGGCUGCUGAGGCUGGGCUGCUUGGGUCAUCUUACGCAGAUACCACAGAAGCGAGGACAGCGGUCCCUUCAGUGUUGUUUUUCCUGCUUGUUCUGAAUUGCUUUUCCUGCUUGUCUCUCAUGUGCAUGUCAUGAGUAUCGAUCGCACAGCGAAGUUGUUUGAACCAAAUUUAUUGUUUUCGAGUUUUCUGUCAGUAUAAGUGUUUCCUUUUUAUUUUGACUUUCAUCUAUCUACUCAUUAAAUACACGCAAAACUUUAACCUGGUAGCUCUGUUCAACAUACUCGUCAAUGAUUAUCUGUGAAUUUAUGAUAGUUGCGGACGUCUCGAAAAUCAAAAUUUGCUUACCGACCAGCACUUCUAACUCUUGAAAAUAACAUAUAAUACCGAUACCGUCGAACACGAUUUCUUGUUGUCACUCAAUCUCAAAUUUCUUCUUACCGAAUAUAUUAAAGACUACUUGUUACCCAAUGCAAAAAUCGGAGUAGAGCAAUUCGCUUCUAUGGCUGUAUGCAGCACGCCCAGGAGUGACUUCUCCUGUUUGGUGGAAAUAUGAAACGUCAAGAAUUAGACCACCUAGCACAUGAAACGCGAGCUCGUGCAGCAGAGAAGCAGGUGAAAGAGCGCUCUGAUAUUAAUUCUAUCUUUUAACAACGAGCAUGAUCAUGAAAAUGAAUAAAUCUGUAUAUGGGCCGCCGGGUCGUCAUUG